CGCAAGCAACGUCGUCAGCGCUCGACAACUGCGACUUUUGCACCCACGACUGUCGCUGCGGAACAGCGCGGAUUUGCUCAGCAUGUCGCAAACACAGCAGAUGGAGGCCAGCGACUCGAUAUCUAACCAGGAUCCUAACCGCGAGGACCCCAAGAAGACGAAAAGCAGACGACCCCCGAAUACUGCAUUUCGACAGCAGCGAUUGAAGGCAUGGCAACCCAUCUUAACACCGAAAACAGUCCUUCCUCUAUUCUUCGUCGUUGGUAUCAUAUUUGCACCCAUUGGAGGGCUGCUGCUCUAUGCCAGUUCACUGGUCCAGGAGAUCUCGAUUGACUACACCAACUGCAACGCCUCUGCACCCUUCACAGAUGCCAUUUUCGACGCCUCGGCUCCAAGCACACUCGCAGACAUCCCCUCGGGCGAUGUAUCAGCAACUUUCAAGACGUCGAUGAAGUCGCAGCCGCAGUGGGGCAGGGCGUGGGAGAACUACACCUGGCCGUCAGGCAAAGUCCAAAACACCAGCGUGUGCAUCCUCAGCUUCGAGAUCCCCAACGACAUCCAGCCGCCGAUCCUCUUCUACUACCGCCUUACCAACUUCUAUCAAAACCACCGACGUUAUGUAAAGAGUGUGGAUAUCGAGCAGUUGAAGGGAACAGCUCGCACCGUGAGCGACAUCAAUUCUGGUGAUUGCGGUCCCCUUGACGUGGUCGACAAUAAGCCAUACUACCCCUGCGGUCUCAUUGCCAAUUCCAUGUUCAACGAUACGUUCACCAACCUGAACGCAACGAACCCCUCGCAGAAUGAAAACAGUCCUAGUGUAUACAACAUGACGACGGACGGGAUAUCAUGGGCUCAUGAGGGCGAUCUGUAUGGAAAGACAAAGUACAAGCCAUCGGAGGUCGUUCCCCCACCCAACUGGCAGGAACAGUACGUUAACGGAAGCUACGACGGUAUGACUGAGCUUCCCGAUCUUCACACAUGGGAGGCGUUCCAGGUCUGGAUGAGGACCGCCGGUCUACCAACGUUCAGCAAACUCGCCCAGCGUAAUGACAACGAUGUCUUGAGAGCGGGCACCUACCGGCUGAAGAUCUACGACCGCUUUCCGGUACAGGCAUACAGUGGCACUAAGUCCAUCUUGAUCUCCACACGCACCGUCAUGGGUGGCAAGAACCCGUUCCUGGGCAUUGCGUACAUCGUCGUCGGCGGUCUUUGCAUCUUACUCGGUGCCGUGUUCCUUGCCACACAUCUUAUCAAGCCGAGAAAACUCGGCGACCACACUUACCUUACCUGGAACAACGAUCAGCCUAGCACGGCGACAACUACCGGGCGGGCCGGUGGAGCAUAGUAG